UCUUCUUCACGACGGUUCCGAACUAGACCAGUUUACGGUGACAUCAGCGGAACUCGUUCAAACUUUUUCAAAUUAAUUUACCAUGAUGAGUAUUCAAUAUUUGUUGGAGCCAGGAAUGCUGUGUAUAACUUAUCGCGCAGUACGAUGAGAGCUGAAAAGAUAGUGGAAUGGGCUCCAAAACCACAUUACAUUGAAGACUGUUUUAAAAAAGGCAAAUCUAAGACACUGGACUGUCAGAACUAUAUUCGUGUUUUGGUAAUGCAGAAAGAUGGUAAAAUGUUAAUGUGUGGUACCCAUGCGUAUUCUCCAAAAUGUGCUGUAUAUUCACGUGACGGCAGUGUAAUACAACGAACGAGUCAGUUUGAUGGACAGGCAAUUUCACCAUAUGAUCCACGGCACAACUCUACUGCAGUCUACGUUCCAGAAACUGAGGAAAUAUAUGUUGGGACAGUGUCUGAUUUUGCCGGCAAUGAUCCACUGAUUUAUCGGAGGUCGGUAUCCAGAAGACCUGAAGGACUUCGAACACAAAGGGAUGACGCGAGAUUAUUGGACUCUCCACAUUUUGUCGGAUCGUUCGCAUAUCAUGAACACGUCUACUUUUGGUUUAGAGAAUGGGCUGUGGAAACCAGAGAAAAUGACAAACAGGUGUAUGCUCGCGUCGCUCGUGUAUGUAAAAAUGAUCGAGGCGGACGAAGCUCAAUGCGUGAGCGAUGGACCACAUUCGUAAAAGCUCGUCUGAAUUGCUCAUUACCGUCAAAGUCUCCGUUUUUGUUCAACGAAUUACGGUCGAUCACCGAACCAGUGAAGCUGUUCGAUAAAGAUGUUGUUUACGCAGUGUUCACUACUCCUGAAAGUGAUGUGCAGAUGUCGGCUGUAUGUAGUUUCAGCAUGCAGACAGUAGAGGAUGUCUUCGAUCGCGGAGACUUCAUGGUUCGAGAGAAUGAUAGAAGUGUGUGGACUUCGCAUAGACUGGUUAAACAGUAUUGGAACCUUCCGUUUCCUCGACCUGGUUCGUGCGUUGAUGAUUCCACCAAACUGGAUGAUAGGGUCCUGUCUUUCAUAUUACACAAUCCACUUAUGCAUUCGGCAGUUCCUUCUUUAUCGAAACAUCCUUUAUACGUUUAUGGACCAGACAAAAGUUUUACCAAAAUUGCUGUUCUUUCACAGAUUAGAGCAAUAAAUGGUACUAAUUUCUCUGCAAUUUAUGUUGGGACUUCUGAUGGUCAUAUUCUUAAACUUGUUGAGACUCAAAAUGAAUCUAUAUCCUUAGUGGAAAUGGUGCGCGUUUUUGAAACUCCAGCGCCAAUUGUCGACCUAAUGGCAACUGAGGAUCAAUUAAUUGUCGUAAGUCCAGAUGAAAUUGUCAGUAUGCAUCUUCAUCAUUGCGAAAGACAAAUCACUUGUGGUGGUUGCGUCCGGUUGCAAGAUGGGCAUUGUGCUUGGGAUUUAUCUCGGGGGAAAUGCGUUUUUGAUCCAGAAGACACUCGUAAAGAAGGGAACUAUGUGCAAGAGCUUUUCAGUGGGAGAUCGGACAUCUGUGGUAGUGACGAUUCCGGCUAUACCGUAAACGAUGGUACAUCAUUAUCAACACUGGAGUCAACAACGGCAUCGUCAGGAAACGCGGUUAUGGUUUUUCUUGCCGUUUUUGUUGCUGUAGUUACCGGGUUCAUAACUGGUUACCAGUUUUCUCAGUGGCGUAUAAGGCACGGGUUGUUUUCACAUUCCUCGGCUUCGUCAUCAGUUUUUCGAGAGUGCAACAGUUGUGGUUUAAUUGCAGGAAGUGACUAUGAUUCUUACGGCCGAGCUCACCUCACCCACCAUGAUUCAUUAACUCAAAAAAAGUGUGACCAUGUUUACGCCAAUCCACCAGCUCCCGAUAUCGUCUCUUUAAUGUUACCAGUGCCACAAAAUGGUACUGUUUUCAAGAGCGCAAUCGCCAGUAAUGGUUCGACAAUAACUCCAAAAUUGCCCGUUGAAAAGAAUCUAGUCGCUACCUUAAGCAAUGGUACUCUCCCGAAAAAUUAUAAAGUGAAGAAAGUUUACUUGUAG